AUGUCCAAUUAUACCAACAAUCGAGAUCCUUCUCAAGAUCUAAGACACAAGGCCCAGUCAAACACUGCUCAGAUCAACAAUGCCCUUAAUGCAAUUCAGCACAAACGAACCGACUCUGAUAUAAGAAAAGAUAGAACCAAGUACACUACUGACGAAGGUGAAACUUUCUCAACAGUUGAUAGAGCUGUUACAUCCGUAACCCCGCCAGCCCCAUUCAACCCGACAAACGAGCAAGUAUUCUUGCGCAAUGGGUUACCCAACUGUGAAUUCAUCAAGGAUCAUUUCUUCCACGAGGGCAGGUUGAGAGAAGAGCAAGCAAUCAAGAUUGUGAAACAGGCCACCCAGCUACUCACUGCAGAACCCAACUUGUUGAGUGUGCCGGCACCAGUGACCAUAUGUGGUGAUGUCCAUGGUCAGUAUUACGAUCUUAUGAAAUUGUUUGAAGUUGGCGGUGAUCCUAAAACCACAAAAUAUCUAUUCAUGGGGGACUACGUCGAUAGAGGCUCCUUCUCCAUCGAGUGCUUGAUUUACUUGUACGCUCUAAAGAUUACUUACCCAAACUCGUUUUGGAUGCUUAGGGGUAACCACGAAAGUCGUCAUUUGACUGAGUACUUUACUUUUAAAAACGAGUGUGUGCACAAGUAUUCUCAAGACUUGUAUGAAGAGUGCAUAACCAGUUUCAAUGCGUUGCCAUUGGCGGCUAUCAUGAAUGAGCAAUUCUUUUGUGUUCAUGGGGGUAUAUCACCCCAAUUGACUGAUUUGGACAGUGUGCGUAAGAUGAAUAGGUUUAGGGAACCACCCACAAAGGGAUUGAUGUGUGACUUGUUAUGGGCGGAUCCAAUUGAAGAAUACGACGAGGACAAUAUUGAUACCGAAUACUUGAACAACGCAGUCAGAGGCUGUUCCUAUGCAUUCACAUACAAAGCGGCGUGUAAAUUCUUGGACAGGACAAAGUUGUUGUCAAUCAUACGUGCUCAUGAAGCACAGAAUGCCGGAUACAGAAUGUACAAAAGGACCAAGACAAUGGGAUUCCCAAGUUUAUUGACGAUGUUUAGCGCACCAAACUAUUUGGAUAGUUACAACAACAAGGCAGCUGUGUUGAAGUACGAAAACAAUGUUAUGAAUAUCAGACAGUUUAAUGCAUCACCACAUCCAUAUUGGUUGCCUCAUUUCAUGGAUGUCUUUACUUGGUCAUUACCAUUUGUUGGAGAAAAAGUGACUGAUAUGUUGGUUAGUAUAUUGAAUGUGUGUACAGAAGAGGAGUUGGACGAAGAUUCACCAUUUUCAGAAACGCAGGUUGGCGGCAUUGAAGGAACCACCCCACCAAGUGCAGCAACUUCGCCAAGAGCCCAGCCCCCUACAUCCUUCCCUGCAGAGUCGGAUGAAAUCGAAACCGAUUAUUCUUUGGAGGAAAAGAAGUUGGCUUUGAGGAACAAGAUUAUAGCCAUUGGUAAGAUGUCACGUAUGUUUCAAGUCUUGCGAGAAGAACAAGAAAGUGUGGCUCACUUGAAGGAAUUGAACCGUGGUCAACUACCCAAAGGAUCCUUAUUGCAUGGGAAAGAGAGUAUUCAAAGCAACAUUCUUACAUUUGAACAGGCUAAAGCAGCUGAUCGUGUAAACGAAGCAUUACCCCCAAGCCAAGAAGAAUUGAAAAGGAGAGAAGAACAAAGAGGAAGACGCAUCAAAAAUCAAAUUGAAAAUAAGGACGGUGGCAGUCCCGUUUUCCAAAAAUUUAUGCGUAAAUUAUCGCGAUAA